CGGCCGCGGGGCGCUGAUGGCGGCGGGCAGCUGAGCCAGGCCCGCGCGGAGCCCGCCCCCCCACCCGCCUUGCAGGCCGCCCGCGGCGGGACAUGGCGGCCCACAAGCCGGUGGAGUGGGUGCAGGCCGUGGUCAACCGCUUCGACGAGCAGCUUCCAAUAAAAGCUGGCCAACAGAAUACCCACACCAGAGUCAGCACAGAACAUAACAAGGAAUGCCUCAUAAACAUUUCCAAGUACAAGUUUUCCCUGGUCAUAAGUGGUCUCACUAAUAUCUUAAAAAAUGUUAAUAAUAUGAGGAUAUUUGGAGAAGCUGCUGAAAAGAAUUUAUAUCUCUCUCAGCUGAUUAUAUUGGAUACACUGGAAAAAUGUCUUGCAGGGCAACCGAAGGACACCAUGCGGCUAGAUGAGACGAUGCUGGUCAAACAGUUGCUGCCAGAAAUAUGCCACUUUAUCCACACCUUCCGUGAAGGAAACCAACAUGCAGCCGAGCUUCGCAAUUCUGCCUCUGGGGUUCUUUUCUCUCUCAGCUGCAAUAACUUUAAUGCCGUCUUUAGCCGCAUUUCCACCAGAUUACAGGAGCUGACUGUGUGCUCGGAAGAUAAUGCUGAUGUUCAUGAUAUCGAACUCUUACAGUACAUCAGUGUGGACUGUGCAAAACUAAAACGACUAUUGCAAGAGACAGUGUUUAAGUUUAAAGCCCUAAAGAAAGUAGCUCAACUGGCUGUUAUUAACAGUCUUGAAAAGGCAUUUUGGAAUUGGGUGGAAAACUAUCCUGAUGAAUUCACAAAACUGUACCAGACACCACAGACCGAUAUGGCUGACUGUGCAGAGAAGUUGUUUGACUUGGUGGAUGGCUUUGCCGAAAGCACAAAGCGGAAAGCAGCAGUUUGGCCACUGCAAAUCAUUCUUCUCGUCCUGUGUCCAGAGAUCAUCCAAGAUAUAGCUAAGGAUGUGGUAGAAGAAACCAAAAUAAACAAGAAACUGUUUCUGGACAACCUCAGGAAAGCGCUGGCAGGCCAUGGUGGGAGCAGACAGCUGACUGAAAGUGCUGCUAUUGCUUGUGUUAAACUGUGCAAAGCGUCUACAUACAUCAACUGGGAGGAUAACUCUGUCAUUUUCCUUCUGGUGCAGUCCAUGGUGGUAGAUCUCAAGAACUUGCUGUUUAAUCCGAGUAAGCCAUUCUCAAGAGGUAAUCAGAAUGCAGAUGUGGAUCUUAUGAUUGACUGCUUAGUUUCCUGCUUCCGCAUAAACCCCCACAACAACCAACAUUUUAAGAUCUGCUUGGCGCAGAAUUCCCCAUCAACAUUUCAUUAUGUCUUGGUAAAUUCACUUCACCGAAUAAUCACAAAUUCUGCACUGGACUGGUGGCCCAAGAUUGAUGCUGUUUACUGUCACUCUGUGGAACUCCGCAGCAUGUUCAGUGAAACGCUUCAUAAAGCUAUACAGGGUUGUGGGACUCACGCGACAAUUCGGAUGACCCCGAGUCUUACAUUAAGAGAGAAAAUGACAAGCCUUAAAUUUAAAGAAAAACCCACAGACUUGGAAACCAGAAGUUAUAAGUUUUUGCUAUUAGCCUUGGUAAAACUGAUCCAUGCUGAUCCAAAGCUCUUGCUAUGUAAUCCAAGGAAGCAGGGGCCGGAGACCCAGGGUAGCACUGCUGAAUUAAUUACAGGACUUGUGCAACUUGUUCCACAGUCCAACAUGCCAGAAAUAGCACAAGAAGCCAUGGAGGCCUUGCUAGUUCUUCAUCAGUUAGACAGCAUUGACUUAUGGAAUCCAGAUGCGCCAAUAGAAACAUUUUGGGAGAUUAGUUCACAAAUGCUUUUUUAUAUCUGCAAGAAACUAACUAAUCAUCAGAUACUCAGCAAUACAGAAAUCCUCAAGUGGUUGCGAGAGAUUCUGAUCUGUAGGAAUAAGUUUCUUCUGAAAAAUAAACAAUCAGAUAGGAGUUCCUGUCAUUUUCUCUUCCUUUAUGGGGUAGGAUGCGAUGUCUCUGGGGGUGGAGCUAGUCAAAUUUCUCUUGACCAUGAAGAGAUGGUACGCUGUGCUCCAGGAGCUUCAUUCAGGAAAGGGAAAGGGAACUCUUCUAUGGAAAGUACAGCAGGAUGCAGCGGAACAUCAAUCUGUCGUCAAGCCCAGACAAAAUUGGAGGUUGCUUUGUAUAUGUUUCUGUGGAGCCCUGACAUAGAGGCAGUCCUAGUUGCAAUGUCCUGUUUCCGUCACCUUUGUGAGGAAGCGGACAUCAGGUGUGGAGUAGAUGAAGUCUCGGUCCAUAAUUUUUUGCCAAACUACAACACUUUCAUGGAAUUUGCAUCUGUUAGCAAUAUGAUGUCAACAGGGAGAGCAGCUCUUCAGAAAAGAGUCAUGGCAUUAUUAAGACGCAUUGAACAUCCAACUGCAGGCAAUACUGAAGCUUGGGAAGAUACACAUACAAAAUGGGAACAAGCUACAAAACUAAUACUCAAUUUUCCAAAGACCAAAAUGGAAGAUGGCCAGGUUACAGAAAGUCUUCACAAGACAAUUGUGAAGAGACGAAUGUCUCAUGUGAGUGGUGGAGGGUCCAUUGACCUCUCUGACACAGAUUCUCUUCAGGAAUGGAUCAACAUGACAGGGUUUUUAUGUGCUCUUGGGGGAGUUUGCCUACAGCAUCGUAGCAAUGCAGGAUUAGCAACCUAUAGUCCACCGAUGGGCCCAGUCAAUGAGCGCAAAGGCUCCAUGAUAUCUAUGGUGUCCACUGAUGGAAAUACAGAGACUCCUGUUAGCAAAUUCUUAGAUCGAUUAUUGUCCUUAAUGGUCUGUAAUCAUGAGAAAGUGGGACUUCAGAUACGGACUAAUAUUAAAGAUCUAGUGGGUUUGGAAUUGAGUCCAGCACUUUAUCCAAUGCUGUUUAACAAACUGAAGAAUACCAUCAGCAAAUUUUUUGACUCUCAAGGCCAGGUUUUGUUAACUGAGACCAAUACACAAUUUGUAGAGCAGACCAUCGCUAUAAUGAAGAACCUACUUGAUAAUCAUACUGAAGGGAGCUCAGAACAUCUGGGACAAGCUAGUAUAGAGACAAUGAUGCUAAAUCUAGUCAGAUAUGUGCGUGUGCUUGGCAACUUGGUACAUGCGAUUCAAAUAAAAACUAAACUCUGUCAAUUAGUGGAGGUAAUGAUGGAAAGGAGAGAUGAUCUUUCAUUUUGCCAGGAGAUGAAAUUCAGGAAUAAAAUGGUGGAGUAUCUAACAGACUGGGUUAUGGGCACGUCCAAUCAGGCAACAGAUGAAGAUGUAAAAUGCCUGACAAGAGAUUUGGACCAGGCCAGCAUGGAAGCAGUGGUUUCUCUUCUUGCUGGGCUUCCACUACAGCCUGAAGAGGGAGAUGGUGUCGAGUUAAUGGAAGCAAAAUCCCAGUUGUUUCUUAAGUAUUUCACUCUCUUUAUGAACCUUCUAAAUGAUUGUAGUGAAGUGGAAGAUGAAAGUGCGCAAACAGGUGGCAGGAAACGUGGCAUGUCUCGAAGACUGGCUUCACUGCGGCACUGUACUGUGCUUGCAAUGUCAAAUUUACUUAAUGCUAAUGUGGACAGUGGCCUUAUGCACUCAAUAGGCUUAGGUUAUCACAAAGAUCUCCAAACAAGAGCUACGUUCAUGGAAGUCCUCACCAAAAUCCUACAACAGGGUACAGAAUUUGAUACACUAGCAGAAACGGUACUAGCAGAUCGAUUUGAGAGAUUGGUGGAAUUGGUUACAAUGAUGGGUGACCAAGGAGAGCUACCUAUUGCUAUGGCUUUGGCCAAUGUGGUGCCUUGUUCACAGUGGGAUGAACUAGCUCGUGUUCUGGUCACUCUUUUUGACUCCCGGCACUUGCUGUACCAGCUGCUCUGGAACAUGUUCUCUAAGGAAGUUGAACUGGCAGAUUCCAUGCAGACUCUCUUCAGAGGAAAUAGCUUGGCCAGUAAAAUAAUGACUUUCUGUUUUAAGGUUUAUGGUGCAACAUAUCUGCAGAAGCUGUUGGAACCUUUGUUAAGAACUGUGAUCAUGUCCCCGGAAUGGCAACAUGUCAGCUUUGAGGUGGAUCCUACAAGGUUGGAGCCAACGGAAAGCCUUGAUGACAACCAGCGGAGUCUGCUGCAAAUGACUGAAAAAUUCUUUCAUGCAAUCAUUAAUUCCUCCUCAGAGUUUCCACCGCAGCUUCGCAGUGUGUGCCACUGUCUGUACCAGGCAACUUGCCACUCCCUACUGAAUAAAGCUACCGUAAAAGAAAAAAAGGAAAACAAAAAAUCAGUUGUAAGCCAGCGAUUUCCUCAGAACAGUAUCGGAGCGGUCGGAAGUGCCAUGUUCCUACGGUUUAUCAAUCCUGCGAUUGUUUCUCCUUAUGAGGCAGGGAUUUUAGAUAAAAAACCUCCACCAAGAAUUGAAAGAGGAUUGAAGUUAAUGUCAAAGAUACUUCAAAGUAUUGCCAACCAUGUCUUAUUUACAAAAGAAGAACACAUGCGGCCUUUUAAUGAUUUUGUAAAAAGCAACUUUGAUGCAGCACGGAGGUUUUUCCUUGAUAUUGCAUCUGAUUGUCCUGCUAGUGACACUGUCAAUCACAGCCUCUCUUUUAUCAGUGAUGGCAAUGUACUUGCUUUGCAUCGUUUGCUCUGGAACAAUCAAGAGAAAAUUGGCCAGUAUCUUUCCAGCAACAGGGACCACAAAGCUGUUGGAAGACGACCAUUUGACAAAAUGGCUACUCUCCUUGCCUACUUGGGCCCACCUGAGCAUAAGCCUGUGGCAGACACGCACUGGUCCAGUCUAAAUCUCACCAGUUCCAAAUUCGAAGAAUUUAUGACCAGGCACCAAGUGCAUGAAAAAGAAGAGUUCAAGGCCCUGAAAACAUUAAAUAUUUUCUACCAAGCUGGGACAUCAAAGGCUGGCAAUCCUGUUUUCUACUAUAUUGCUCGGCGGUUCAAGACGGGUCAAAUCAACGGCGACCUACUGAUAUACCACGUCCUGCUAACUUUGAAGCCAUACUAUGCUAAGCCAUAUGAGAUUGUAGUGGACCUCACUCACGCGGGCCCCAGCAAUCGGUUUAAAACAGACUUCCUUUCCAAGUGGUUUGUUGUUUUUCCAGGCUUUGCUUAUGAAAAUGUCUCAGCAGUUUUUAUUUACAACUGUAACUCCUGGGUCAGAGAAUACACAAAAUACCAUGAAAGGCUUCUGACAGGCCUGAAGGGCAGCAAAAGGCUUAUUUUCAUAGACUCACCUGGGAAAUUGGCAGAGCACAUUGAACACGACCAGCAGAAGCUUCCAGCAGCUACCUUGGCUUUGGAAGAGGACCUGAAGGUUUUCCAUAACGCGCUCAAAUUGGCCCACAAGGACACCAAAGUUUCUAUUAAAGUUGGGUCUACUGCUGUGCAGGUAACAUCAGCAGAGCGAACAAGAGUCCUUGGCCAAACAGUGUUUCUGAAUGACAUUUACUAUGCCUCUGAGAUUGAGGAAAUAUGCCUGGUUGAUGAGAACCAGUUCACCUUAACGAUUGCCAACCAAGGCACACCACUUACCUUCAUGCAUCAGGAGUGCGAAGCCAUCGUUCAGUCCAUCAUCCACAUAAGGACUCGAUGGGAGCUGUCACAACCAGAUUCCAUUCCGCAGCAUACGAAAAUCCGUCCUAAGGAUGUUCCUGGAACGCUUCUGAAUAUAGCACUGCUUAAUCUGGGAAGCUCAGACCCAAGUUUGCGGUCCGCUGCCUAUAAUCUUCUGUGUGCCUUAACCUGUACCUUUAAUUUAAAGAUUGAGGGUCAGUUACUGGAAACUUCAGGUCUCUGUAUCCCUGCCAACAACACCCUUUUUAUUGUGUCUAUUAGUAAAACCCUGGCAGCUAAUGAGCCACACCUUACCUUAGAAUUUUUGGAAGAGUGCAUCUCUGGAUUUAGCAAAUCUAGUAUUGAACUGAAGCACCUUUGCCUGGAGUACAUGACACCGUGGUUAUCAAAUCUAGUCCGGUUCUGUAAACACAAUGAUGAUGCCAAACGUCAGCGAGUCACUGCGAUUCUGGAUAAGCUUAUAACAAUGACAAUAAAUGAAAAACAGAUGUAUCCUUCCAUUCAAGCGAAAAUAUGGGGAAGCCUUGGACAGAUAACUGAUCUACUUGACGUAGUGCUAGACAGUUUCAUCAAAACCAGUGCAACAGGGGGCUUAGGAUCCAUAAAAGCUGAGGUUAUGGCAGAUACAGCUGUAGCUCUGGCUUCUGGAAAUGUGAAGCUGGUUUCAAGCAAAGUAAUUGGAAGGAUGUGCAAAAUAAUUGACAAGACCUGUCUAUCUCCAACUCCUACAUUAGAACAACACCUGAUGUGGGAUGAUAUUGCCAUUCUAGCACGUUACAUGCUGAUGCUCUCCUUUAACAACUCUCUUGAUGUGGCAGCGCAUCUCCCCUACCUCUUCCAUGUAGUUACUUUGUUGGUGGCCACUGGUCCUCUUUCCCUUAGAGCUUCCACCCAUGGCCUGGUCAUCAACAUCAUUCAUUCUCUGUGCACUUGUUCACAGCUUCACUUUAGUGAGGAGACCAAGCAAGUUUUGAGAUUGAGCCUGACCGAGUUCUCGCUGCCCAAAUUUUAUUUGCUGUUUGGAAUCAGCAAAGUGAAAUCAGCAGCUGUCAUAGCAUUCCGAUCCAGUUAUCGAGAUAGGUCGUUCUCUCCUGGUUCCUAUGAGAGGGAGACAUUUGCAUUGACUUCCCUGGAAACAGUUACUGAAGCUUUGCUGGAGAUCAUGGAGGCUUGUAUGAGAGAUAUUCCAACGUGCAAGUGGCUGGACCAGUGGACGGAGCUCGCACAGAAGUUUGCAUUCCAGUAUAAUCCAUCCCUCCAGCCAAGAGCGCUGGUUGUCUUUGGCUGUAUCAGUAAACGAGUGUCCCAUGGGCAGAUAAAACAAAUAAUCCGAAUUCUCAGCAAGGGACUUGAGAGCUGUUUAAAAGGCCCUGAUAAUUAUAACAGCCAAGUUCUAAUUGAAGCCACAGUUAUAGCACUCACCAAGCUGCAGCCACUUCUUAAUAAGGACUCUCCUAUGCACAAGGCUCUCUUCUGGGUGGCAAUGGCAGUGCUGCAGCUAGAUGAAGUUAACCUGUAUUCUGCAGGUACAGCACUACUUGAACAGAAUCUCCAUACCUUAGAUAGUCUUCGGGUAUUCAAUGACAAAAGUCCGGAAGAAGUGUUCAUGGAAAUCAGGAGACCGUUGGAAUGGCACUGCAAACAGAUGGAUCAUUUUGUAGGACUCAAUUUCAACUCUAACUUUAACUUUGCACUAGUGGGGCACCUUCUAAAAGGAUACAGGCAUCCUUCUCCUAUGAUUGUAGCAAGGACAGUAAGGAUUUUACACACACUACUCUCUCUGGUUAACAAACACAGGAACUGUGACAAGUUCGAAGUGAAUACCCAGAGCGUGGCUUACCUAGCAGCUCUGCUGACAGUAUCUGAGGAAGUUCGAAGUCGCUGCAGUUUAAAACACAGGAAAUCUCUCUUGCUGACAGAUGUUUCAAUGGAAAAUGUUCCUAUGGAUACAUAUCCCAUACAUCACAGUGACACCAGCUGUAGGACACUAAAAGAAAAUCAACCGUGGUCUUCUCCAAAGGGAUCAGACAGACAUCUUGCUGCCAGUUACCCCACAGCAGGACAGAUUAGCCCUCGAACACGAAAAUCCAUGAGCUUGGAUAUGGGACAGCCUUCACAAGCUAACACUAAAAAACUGCUGGGUACAAGGAAAAGUUUUGACCACCUGAUAUCAGACACAAAGGCUCCUAAAAGGCAAGAAAUGGAAUCUGGAACCACUACACCCCCCAAGAUGAGGAGAGUAGCUGAAAAUGACUAUGAAAUUGAAACCCAGAGAAUAUCACCACAGCAACACCCACAUCUUCGGAAAGUUUCUGUAUCUGAGUCAAACGUCCUCCUAGAUGAAGAGGUUCUUACUGAUCCAAAAAUUCAAGCCUUGCUGCUUACAGUCCUUGCAACCUUAGUAAAGUACACUACAGAUGAAUUUGACCAGCGAAUUCUUUAUGAGUAUUUAGCAGAAGCCAGUGUUGUCUUCCCAAAGGUCUUUCCCGUUGUGCACAAUUUAUUGGACUCCAAGAUCAAUACUCUUUUGUCGCUGUGCCAAGAUCCAAAUUUGUUGAAUCCAAUUCAUGGGAUAGUUCAGAGUGUUGUCUACCACGAAGAGUCUCCACCUCAAUACCAAACUUCUUACCUACAAAGUUUUGGAUUUAACGGGUUGUGGAGGUUUGCUGGACCAUUUUCUAAGCAAACACAAAUCCCAGACUAUGCUGAGCUUAUAGUGAAGUUUCUUGAUGCCUUGAUUGACACCUAUUUGCCUGGAAUUGAUGAGGAAGUCAGCGAGGAAUCCCUGUUGACCCCUACAUCUCCAUAUCCUCCUGCAGUGCAGAGCCAGCUUAGUAUUACUGCUAACCUUAACCUCUCUAAUUCCAUGACCUCACUUGCAACUUCCCAGCAUUCCCCAGGAAUUGACAAGGAGAACGUGGAACUCUCGCCUACCACGGGACACUCCAACAGCGGAAGGACACGCCACGGGUCUGCGAGUCAAGUGCAAAAGCAGCGAAGUGCCGGCAGUUUCAAACGUCACAGCAUUAAAAAGAUUGUGUGAAGCUUUUUUUUGGAAACUAACUGACAUACUCGGGCUUCUCACUCGUGGCCCUCCACCAGUUGCGAUGCUGCACUUAAUUUUUAACGUUCCCAUCCUGUCAGCCGCGUUGCCAGAUGAUCAACUCUUGAAACAUUGCCUGAGUUUUAAUGCCUUCUUUACCCUUCUCCUGUUUUUUGAUUUAAGCCAGUGUUCCGGAACCAUUCUACAAAACGGUGUGUAGACCCCGAAGAACUUUGUAGGUGAAGAAAGUCUGGAAUUCGUUAACACUGCAGUACAGUAACUGUUCAGAGAUGAAAGCCAUUUCUCAUAGACAGUUCUACCUUGCUUUUGUUAUUAUGCCUUGUUUGUUUCUUCUUUAAAGGAAAGUGUUAAUGCUUAAUUGUGUUUGCACACUUCUCAAGUUAGUGUCUUUAUGAGCCAGGGCAAGUAACUAUAAUCCUGGUUUUAAUUCAGAUCCAUCAGAUUUUUAGCUGUGGACUUUUUUUUACCAUACUUAAAAGAGUCCUAUGAUAUUAGCCACAGUGCGGUAAGCCUCACCAGGGGUUGAUCAAUUUUUAGCAAUUAGCAAUAAAAGUAAGAGGACAAGGAGGCCAUUUAAGUCUCUCCAUUCCCCAGAACUUAGCUUCAUAUACUUGCAACUACAUAUGGACCAGACUGGACAAACUGACUUUUUUCCAAAGCACAUUUAUUUUUGCUGAACUUUGACUGCACUAAAAAAUAUGAUUGUAUAGAGGAAGCAAAUUGUCAAGAGUGGAUUUUUAUGCUGUCAUAGAAACUGCUUUUUUUGUUUCCAUUUAGCAUGCACUCUAGUUUUGCCCUUUCUGCCAAUGCAUGCACCUUCAGGGAAAUCCUGGCAAAAGUAACUGUUGGGAUAUGGAGAGGAAAAAUUAUAUGAAUUAACUUCCAACUUUCAUAGAGUUGUGUGUGGCAGAGCUGCUUUAGUGCUGCCUAAACAAUGAGACAGAAAAUAAUUUAUGUACAUUUAAAGUACCGUAUUUACUUGAACACAAGACAAGUUCCCCCUCUCAAUCAGCAUGGGGAAAAAGGCCCUUCAUUUUAUAUCACAUACAAAGAAACCUUAUUAUAGACAUUAUCAAGUCGUGGUGAGCCACUGCUUUGCAUACAUUUUGCUUCCUCUUCGCUCCCACAGCUGAGCUGUGCCUUUCUUUCCCAUUAGCAGUGAUUCCUGUUUCUUUACCAGCCUGAAAUUUCUAGCAAACAUCACCAAGCGGGGUCCCGAACAGUUAAUCCUAAAACCCUCUGUUGUCACCUCUCUCAGCCUGUCUUAUAUGAUUAUAGAUUUCAUAGAUUUUUAGGGUCGGAAGGGACCUUGGUAGAUUGAGUCCGACCUCCUGCCCUGGGUAGGAAAGAGUGCUGGGCUCAGAUGACCCCAGCCAGAUUACAUUGGCCCUGCCCUCCAUGAGGUGGAGCUGGACCAGGUUGCCCUGUGCCUCAUCUGCCUAUAAAUUUUCAAAGGAUCCCAAGAUUCUUGACAAGAACACCCAGUUCCAGUAAUGAGUAGGGGGCUAAUUAGCGCAAAUUCAAGGCGAUCCUCCAAUAAUUAGAUUCUGUGCCUGGAAAUUUGUAACACAUUUAUACAUUUUCCACAGGGCUCGGUCCUUGGGCCUGGACUGUUUAACAUCUUCAACAGCAACUUGGACGAGGGGGUAAAAAGCACCCUGUUCAAAUUUGUAGACGACACUAAGAUGUAUGAGGAAGUGGACAUGCUAGAGGGAGGAAUAGGCUGCAGUAGGAUCUGGACAGGUUACAGGGGUGGACAGCAUGGAGAGGGUCCAGAGGAGGGCCACCCGCAUGAUCAGGGGGCAGCAGGGCAGGCCCUACAAGGGGAGGCUAAGGGACUUGAACCUGAUCAGCUGCCACAAGAGAAGUCUGAAGCGGGAUCUAGUGGCCGUUUACAAACUAGUCAGAGAGGAUCAGCAGGCAUUGGGGGAGUCCCUGUUCCCCCGAGCACUACCAGGAGUGACUAGAAAUAACGCUCACAAGCUGGCAGAGGGUAGAUUCAGGCUAGACAUCAGGAGGCGCUACUUCACAGUCAGGGCGGCUAGGACCUGGAACCAGCUUCCAAGGGAAGUGGUGCUGGCUCCUACCCUGGGGGUCUUUAAGAGGAGGCUGGAUGAACACCUUGCCGGGGUCGUUUGACCCCACUACUCUUUCCUGCCAUGGCAGGGGGUCAGGUCAGACUUGAUGAUCUGCUCAGGUCCCUUCCGACCCUACCAACUAUGAAACUAUUUUCCAUAAAUCAAAUCUAAUUAUUGGGAGGAGGGGUCAUCUUAUAUUUGAGUAAAUAUGGUACAUCAUUUUAAAAACAAACAGCAAAAAACGAAUGAGUUUGUCAAACCCAGACUACGUAUGAAUGAAUGUUUGCAAUGCAAUUUCUGCUACUGGCGUAGACAAUUUCACUCAAAUUUCAUCUUGCAGUUUCCAAAAAUUCUUUUAUUAUUUUUAAUUUGCAAGACUUACAUUUGGGCUUUAUAAGAAAGAAGUAAACUGAAAUUACUUUCUAUCACUGUGAAAGACUUGUCAACUUACAGCAGUAUAUUAACAAUGGAUGACUGUGAUAAUAUGCUGCUAUGCUGAAUAAUGUUGUAGCACUUAGUGUUGCAGAUUACUACCUUUGGACUCAAAUUGUACAGAACAUUUUGAUCUCGGUGGUAAACGUACAUUCUGACAAAAAGGGUAUGUCCUCUGGGUGCUCAUAUUAGGGCUAAAUAUAUCUUCUGCUAAAGAAUAGUAAACUUUUUAGUGCCAGGUCCCUGUUUAGAAAUUAACAAUUUAUGAAUGGCUUUAGGGUAAGGAAAAAGGUAUAUACAGUAUUAAAAACAAACAAACAAAAAAAACAGUGUGCAAUUUUAAUAGUGGCUUUCAGUAAAUCAAACUCCACAGCUAAAUUUACUAGAGAAUGGUUACAAUUAAGUGUUCCGAUUUUAUUGAUAUAGCACAUAAUUCACAUUUAUUCACACAGUAACGGUGUAACAUGUUUAUGUAAAUAAAAAUUGCCUUUAUUGUAUUGAUUUAGAAAAUAACAAUUUAAUUUUUUUAAUUUGUUUACAGUCCUGGAAAAACUAUGAACACAAACUUAAUAUGCAAAUAGUUUGCCAAAAUAAGAGGAAAACUUAGAAUUAGUUAUCUUGAACUAGAUAGGUUGAAAAAUCUGAAGACUUGUGCAAUUAACCAAACUUUUUUUUUUAUUAUUAUUCUUUUUGGUUACGUAGGAGCUGCAGUACAAACUCAAUUAUUGAAAUGGUUCAAAACUUACGAAGUGGAUUACGAGGAUAGAACUGAAUUUAGGAAUAGAGCAGUGACCAGUGCCAGGUACUAAGCUGUUAAGCAUUCAUAGUCUGCGACAUCACAGAUAAAAUCUCUCAUCUAGUACAUCCAGAUGUGUAGUAGUCAGUUGCUAAAUCACCAUCAUUUAAAUAUCUGGAUCAUACUGAAUCAGGCUAAUUCAUAACUCUUUCAUUUUUGUUAGACAGCAAAACUUGAAGGAAUCUAAUGUUAUUUUUCACUGUAUUGGGGAGUAGGAAAAAAUCUUUUAAAGUUAACAGGCUGUUAGAAAAACGUGGCUUUUAGGUCUUUCCGUUUCCCUUGGAGCUCAUUUUCCAAAAAGUUGCUUUUUUGGGUUAGGUUGAGAGCAUCUGAAAGCAUCUUCUUCAUUGAUCUGAGGCUGCCCAAAUAAAGCAAUUGGAAAUAAUGAAAAUUUAAAACUGCGCAUGCUGUGGAAUCAAAGUGAACAAAUUUUAUUUUUUAAUUUUAAGACUUACUGCGGUCUCUUGAUCCCAGUUAGCCAAAAAAUGAUUUCACAUCAGCAUGAUAACAUAGUAACUCAUUUAGUAUACCCUUGGGUGUGAGGGAAGGAAACCUGCCAUGUAAUCUUUCCACUAUUGGGCUUAGAUCUGGACAUUUCAGAGCAUGGGUGUCAAACUCAUUUGUCUGAGAACACUGAAUUCCAUGUUUAAUUCUGGUCUGUGGGCCAGGGUAUAAAUGCAGGACCAUACUCCUGACAUUGCACAGUGGAACACAACACUUCUUCGGACACUGGUGUAAAGAUUAGGGCACAAAUAUGGCCUUCACGUAGUGAGUAAAUAUCCAUUAGUGGUUAUUUGUUCAGUGCCUUACUGUUGCAUUUAUCACUGGGAAAACCUGCUUGCUUACCCAUUGCACCCACUGAUCUUUUUGCCCUUUUCUUCCUCUUCCUCCUAAACCCUUUCCUCUGUCCUUCUUGUCUCACCCCCGCCCCCACACUUUUUAGUUUCCUCUGUCCUUUGCUUUGCAUUUCCUUCCCUGAAGCCACCCCAAAUUCCCAACCCAGUCUGUUUUGUUCCCUUCCAGGAUUCCUAUUCUGUCUUCUAAAGCAAUCAGUAAUUAGUUAAGACGGCCCCUGAAGCAUCAUCAUUGGACUGGAAAUUUAAUACGCCUGCCUAGAGCAUGGGAAUUCAGCUCUCCAAAUCAUUGUUUUAGGCAGCCAUCACUGCACCCGUUACACUGUAUGCACUCUUUUAGCCCGUGUGCAGACAUUCAGUUUCUACUGGGAGAUCUGCCACUCACCCAGUAGAAACCACAAGUGUACAGAUGUUCCAGCUUGUUCUCCUGGAGCAAAAACGGCAGUUCCAGGAGAAAACUUGACUACAAACAGGUAGAAAACACUUGCUGGAGAGCUUCUCCUGGGAGAAUGAAUGUCUUCACACUUUCCUGUAACAACUCCUCCUGGCGACCAGGAGAAGCGGAGCUGUGGGGCAAGGCUCCCGUGCCUUCCAGAGACUGGGGUUGCACCAGUCUGGAGAAGGUGCAAGGAGGCAGCUUCCACCCCGCCUGUAAGCAGUGGUGGGGAGGAAAGGAGAGAGGAUCAGCCAGCAGCUGCUCCCUGCCUGCGUUGCCUCUGCAUCCGUGGCACCUACUUACUACUACUUUUUCCACAAAUGCUUAGAGUCUGGAGAACCAGGAUGACAUGCAGACCGCAUAAAUGCAUCUUGGAGACUGAAGGUUUGACACCCCUGUUCUAGAACGUGUUAUCCAUUAUGCAUUGUCCACAUGACAUACUGUAAAAAGAAUUAACAUUUGCUCGUCUGUAUUCUCCCCAACUUAAAGUUAACUCAGUAGUAUUAUAAUAGUACAUAAACUACCUGUUAAUUAUGCCAGUGUUUCUGCUUUAAUGUGCAUGAGACUUAUUUUCCACAAACAGGAAGCAUUUCAAAUAAGCAUUGUGAACUGAGCAUUUGGGAAAGUGCCAGUGCUCUAUUCCUAAUUGGUUUGUAGGUUUUAGGUCCUUUUCUGUUUCAUUCGAAGGUCAUUUUUUUUUCCUCAAAUGUAAUAAAGCACGUCUUAAUGUUAUGCAACAGACUUGCCACAGAAAGUCACUUUUAGUGUUGGCCACACAGUUUUUUUUAAUGCAGUAUAUUCACCUGUAAAUAGUUUUUGUGUAAAAUUUGACAGAAAAGUAUAUUUACUACACUGUAAAUACAUGUGACAAUAUAUUGUAUUAUUUUGCUUUUUUGUAAAGCAGUUAGUUGCUGUAUAUGUAUAACAUACAAAUUUGAUUAUUCUAGUGUUAGUAAUUGUUAACUACUACUUCUCCUUCCUGCUGUUGCGUUAUGUCAUUUAAAGAAAAAAAAAUGCUGUGUACUAUAAACUUACACUGUGUAUGAUACCUUAUUCUUUCCAUUUGGGCCUCAACUUUGAAAAUGUUUCCUUGAUCUACAAUCCUGUUAAUAUUGUAAGCAAAGUGUGUGGCAGCCGGUAAAAAAAAACAAACCAACAAACCAACAAAAAGCCCUGCCGACUCCCACACGCAGUUGGUAACUGUAGGUAAAAAAACUGUAGAAAACAUGGUUUCAGAUAAUUGUUGUUCGCCCCAUUCCCCCCUCAUGUAUGUACUUCCCUUUUUUGAAGUAAAAUGUAAAUUCUCAACCUGC